UUGUCUGCUCUUGCCGCAGGUGUCGGCCAAACUCCUGGAGUCGCUCAAGGAGACGGCCGAGAUGUUCCUGGCGCAGUCCGUGCCCUGCGCGGUGCUCACCGUGCCGCCCUACUUCACGGCGGCGCAGCGCGAGGCCACCCGGUCGGCGGGGGCGCGCGCGGGCCUGCGCGUGCUGCAGCUGCUGGAGGAGCCCGAGGCGGCGCUGGCGGCCUACGCCCUGGACGCGACCAAGGCCGUGCUCGUGCUGCACGUCGGGGGCCGCUCGCUGCACGCCUGGGUGCGGCCGCGGGGCGGGCAGGCCGUCUGCAGGCACGAGCCCUGGGGCGGCAGUCUGUUCGACCGGCGCCUGGCGGAACACCUUGAGAAGGAGCUGCUGCGCGGCCACCGCGGCGUGACGCGCCUGGACGCCGCCUCGGCGCUGGAGCUGCGCGCGCUCAGCGAGACCACCAAGCGCAAGCUCUCUGCCAUGGCCGAGGUGACCGUGUCCAACUACUUCUCGCGCCUCAACAUGCAGUUCAAGUCCACCGUCUCCAGGGCCUGCUUCGAGAGUCUGUGCGCCGACCUGUUCGCCAAGAUCGUGGCCGUGGCGAGGGACGCCCUGCGCGCCGCUGGGGUGCCCAACGUGGACGAGGUGGUGCUGACGGGGGGCUCGGCCCGCACGCCCAGGCUGCGCGCCAUGGUGAAGGAGGCCUUCAAGCUGGAGCCCCGGCUGACCGUCAACCCGGACGAGGUGGUGGCGCACGGCGCCGCCCUGCACGCCGCCAAGCUGACGGGGGAGGGCGCCGCGGGCCGCGAGGUGGUGCUCAAGGAGGAGGCGACCCCUAGCAGCAGCUCCAGGGCCAGCCCGGCGCGAGGCGCGCCGCCGCCCAGGACCACGCAGACGCCCGAGGGCGCCAAGCGCAAGGCGCAGGGCCCGCCCAUCGGCAUCGACCUCGGCACCACCUACUCGGUGGUGGCCGUGUGCAAGAAGCGCAAGGUGGACGUGAUCGCCAACGACUGCGGCUCGCGCACCACGCCGAGCGUCGUCGGCUUCCUCGACGGGGAUAGCUUUGUGGGCGAGGCCGCCAAGGACCUGCCCGCCGCCAACCGCGUCUUUGACGCCAAGCGGCUGAUCGGCCGGUCCUGGAAGGACCUGGACGUGCAGGCGGACCGGAAGCACUGGCCCUUCGAGGUCCUGGAGGACCGCGGCGUGCCCAAGGUCAGGACCAGGGUCUCGUCCAGGAAGGAGAUGUUCGCGCCCGAGGAGAUCUCCGCCAUGGUGCUGAGGUCGCUCAAGGAGUCGGCCGAGAACUUCCUGGGCGCGGCCGUGUCCAAGGCCGUCAUCACGGUGCCCGCCUACUUCAACGAGCGGCAGCGGCAAGCCACGGUGGACGCGGGUAAGAUCGCCGGGCUCGAGGUCAUGUCCAUCAUCAACGAGCCCACGGCCGCCGCCAUCGCCUACGGGCUCGACAAGGUGUCGGACGCGCGCAGGACCGUGUUCAUCUUCGACCUGGGCGGCGGCACGUUCGACGUGUCCGUCAUGACCAUCAAGGGCGCCGAGUUCACGGUGCUGGCCUCUGACGGGGACUGCCACCUGGGCGGCCAGGACUUCGACGUCCGUCUGGCCGACCACUUCAUGAAG